AUGUUAAUUUUUUUUCUAACAAAUAAAUUUGUAUCAGGAAAUUAUCUUUGGUGUCAUCAGGGUGGAAAUAAAGAAUAUUCUCCAGUACAAUGUUCUUCCACAACAAAAGAAUGCUUUAAAUUUGAAUGUCAAGGAAUUGAUUCUGAAUUUGUAGCUAGAGGAUGUGGAGUAAAUGUUAAAACAAAUUCAGUUGGAUUAAAAAAUGAAAGUUGUUUUCAAGCUGAAUCAGUUUGCCAAAAAUUAGGUGGUAUAUCAAAUUGUCAUAUAUGUACAAAUAAAUAUAUGUGUAAUCAUAGUAAAACUAAAAAACUACAAAUAUAUUUAUAUAUUUUUAUGAUUGUAUUAAGCAAUUACAUUAUUAUUGCAAAUUUUUAA